CGAGAAGAGUUUAGGGCUCGUUUCCACACUGAUCCGCCCAAAACAGUUCGUUUUCUCCGCCGCAGAUCUCCACCGCGUGGUUUCUGAUGGACGAGUCUUUCAACAUCAACAACCUCCCUACCAGCCACUUGCUCGGCUCAGUUCCGGCUGUUGUCACAGAAGAAAAGAACAACACUAAUCGCGAAGCUCCUGAAGCAAAUCUGCAGAUAUUUCCUCCAAAUAAUGGUGGGAAUGCUGGUCAGGGAACUCCUGCAGGUCCAAGUGAAGGAGAUGGGCAGCAAUCAACAAACAAUUGGAAAGGAGUGUUUAGUAUAUCUUCAUAUACCCAAUAUUUUAAUGUAGAUACAGAUGUUGUGUUAAACAGAUUGAUGUGUUCUUUGAAUCCUACAAGUGCUGAUUUCUUCAGGAAAAUUGAUGCUAACCCUGAUCUGUAAGUCCAACACUAUAUUACUCAUAGUCUUGUGGGUACAUUUCCAAAAUGCAUAUAUUUUGAUCA